CCCCUCCUGCCUCGGAGAAAAGUGCGGUGGCCCCGCCUCUUUCCAUAAGGAAGCUUCAAGCGCCGGAGCGCGAGGGUUUUCCAACGGCCCAGCCAUCCCAUGGCUGGGCGCGCGAGAGGCCAGCAGCAGCAGCCACCCGGCAACAUGAUCACUUCCGGUUUCUCUUCCCCCAACCCCUCAGCAGCAGCGGCUCAGGAGGUCAGACCUGCCACUGAUGGUAGCAGCAGUAGCUCCUCCUCAUCCUCCUCCAAGAAGAGAAAAUUAAAUAGUACUAGUAACAGCAGUGAGAGAGAAGAAGUGGACGCCAUCUCCUCCUGCUCUUCCCUUCUUUCCAAAACUCACUCUUCUUCCUCCACAUCCUCUGUCAACACCACCGCUUCUACUUCCUCCUGUACCUCCUCAGGGGUUGCCUCUUCCAACCAUCAUCUGCAGAAGAAGUUGCGCUUUGAGGACUCAUUGGAUUUUAUUGGACUUGAUGUGAAGAUGGCUGAAGAGUCUUCCUCUUCAUCACCUGCUGCCUCUUCUCAGCAGCAGCACCAGCAGCAACUCAAAAAUAAAAGCCUUCUAAUUUCCUCAGUAGCUGUGGGACAUCACGCAAAUGGCCUGACCAAAGCUGCCUCCUCCACUGUCUCCAGUUUUGCCAACAGUAAACCUGGUUCAGCCAAGAAGUUAGUGAUCAAGAACUUUAAAGACAAACCUAAACUGCCUGAAAAUUAUACAGAUGAAACCUGGCAAAAACUGAAGGAAGCUGUAGAAGCAAUUCAAAACAGUACUUCAAUUAAAUACAAUUUAGAAGAACUCUAUCAGGCUGUUGAAAAUCUCUGCUCCUACAAGAUUUCUGCAAAUUUGUACAAACAAUUAAGACAGAUUUGUGAAGACCACAUCAAAGCACAGAUUCAUCAGUUCAGAGAGGAUUCAUUGGACAGUGUUCUUUUUCUCAAGAAAAUAGACAAAUGUUGGCAAGACCAUUGCAGACAGAUGAUAAUGAUUAGAAGUAUCUUUUUGUUCCUGGAUCGAACCUAUGUACUUCAAAAUUCAAUGCUGCCAUCAAUUUGGGAUAUGGGGCUAGAGUUGUUCAGGACUCAUAUAAUUAGUGAUCAAAAAGUUCAGAACAAGACCAUUGAUGGCAUUCUUCUGUUGAUUGAAAGAGAAAGAAAUGGUGAGGCUAUUGACAGGAGCUUGCUCCGCAGCCUUCUGAGCAUGCUUUCAGAUUUGCAGAUUUAUCAGGAUUCUUUUGAGCAUAGAUUUUUGGAAGAGACUAAUCGGCUGUAUGCAGCAGAAGGACAGAGGCUAAUGCAAGAAAGAGAGGUUCCAGAAUAUCUUCAUCAUGUCAACAAACGUUUGGAGGAAGAGCAAGACAGGAUUAUCACAUAUUUGGAUCAAAGCACCCAGAAACCACUAAUUGCUACUGUAGAAAAACAGCUACUAGGUGAACAUUUAACAGCCAUUCUACAGAAAGGUUUAAACCAUCUUCUGGAUGAAAACCGAAUUCAAGAUCUGUCUCUGCUGUAUCAGCUAUUCAGUAGAGUGAAAGGUGGCGUGCAGGUUCUCUUGCAGCACUGGAUCGAAUAUAUAAAGGCAUUUGGUAGCACCAUUGUAAUUAAUCCAGAAAAAGACAAAACCAUGGUCCAAGAACUGCUAGAUUUUAAGGAUAAAGUUGAUCAUAUCAUUGAUAUUUGCUUUCUGAAGAAUGAGAAGUUUGUCAAUGCCAUGAAAGAAGCUUUUGAAACUUUCAUCAACAAAAGACCAAACAAACCUGCUGAGCUCAUAGCUAAGUAUGUAGACUCAAAGCUUCGUGCAGGCAACAAAGAGGCUACUGAUGAAGAGCUAGAAAAGAUGCUGGAUAAAAUUAUGAUUAUAUUUAGGUUCAUAUACGGCAAGGAUGUUUUUGAGGCCUUUUACAAAAAAGAUCUAGCUAAGCGACUAUUAGUGGGCAAAAGUGCAUCAGUAGAUGCUGAGAAAUCCAUGCUUUCCAAACUCAAACACGAAUGUGGAGCUGCUUUCACUAGCAAACUUGAAGGAAUGUUUAAGGACAUGGAACUUUCUAAAGACAUCAUGAUACAAUUUAAACAAUAUAUGCAAAAUCAGAAUGUACCUGGUAACAUUGAACUCACAGUUAAUAUCUUGACUAUGGGCUAUUGGCCAACCUACGUGCCUAUGGAGGUCCACCUACCAUCAGAGAUGGUAAAACUGCAGGAGAUAUUUAAGACAUUUUACCUUGGAAAACACAGUGGCAGGAAGCUUCAGUGGCAGUCAACAUUAGGGCACUGUGUACUCAAAGCAGAAUUUAAAGAGGGCAAAAAGGAGCUACAAGUCUCUCUGUUCCAGACUCUGGUGCUGCUGAUGUUUAAUGAAGGCGAAGAAUUCAGUUUAGAGGAGAUAAAACAGGCCACUGGAAUUGAAGAUGGAGAACUACGGCGAACCCUCCAGUCAUUAGCCUGUGGCAAGGCAAGAGUACUGACCAAAAGCCCCAAAGGCAAGGAUGUGGAAGAUGGAGACAAAUUCACUUGCAAUGAUGACUUCAGACAUAAGCUGUUUAGGAUAAAAAUCAAUCAAAUCCAGAUGAAAGAAACGGUGGAAGAACAAGCAAGCACUACAGAAAGAGUUUUUCAAGAUCGGCAAUACCAAAUUGAUGCCGCAAUUGUAAGAAUCAUGAAAAUGCGCAAGACACUUAGUCACAAUCUGCUUGUGUCUGAGGUAUACAACCAGCUGAAAUUCCCAGUAAAGCCCGCUGACCUUAAGAAGAGAAUAGAAUCGCUAAUUGACAGAGACUACAUGGAAAGAGACAAGGAGAAUCCCAACCAGUACAAUUAUAUUGCAUAAAACACACAAUGGGCCUUUGUUUUCCUUUUCUGCACACUUGAUGUUCUACUUGGUUGCUGGUGGAUAAACGAGCCUGUUGGUCCCAUUAAAAUAACUUUUUCUACUACCAAUGACUGAGUGAAAGCAACGUAAUGGG